ACUACUACAUUGUUAGGACCGCGAGAUGAAUUUGGAUUUAUUAAAAAGAAAGGAAGGAACUUCAUUGAGUUUUCAAAAUGGCGGCUGAAGCUAAGGCAUUGCUCGAUGAGUUAAUGGGAAGAACAAGAAAUCUUGACCCGUCCCAGCAGCCCGAAGAUCUCUCUUGGAAUAGUCAAGACGUAUGCAAGUAUUUUUUAUGUGGAUUUUGCCCUCAUGAGCUGUUCACUAAUACUCGUGCUGAUCUUGGACCCUGUGCCAAAAUUCAUGAUGAGGCUUUACGAAAAGAAUAUCAGAAUAGUCCAAGGUUUGAAAAAUGUGGAUAUGAAGAAGACUUUGUGAGAUUUCUUCAAACUUUAAUAACUGAUGUUGAGAAACGUAUAAGGCGUGGACACCAGAGACUGGCACUUAACAGUCAACAAGGAAGUAUUAAUGGAAAUGCAAGUAACCAGAAUGAAGAAAAAAUUGCACUACUUACAGAGCGAAUUAAUGAGCUCGUUGUGCAGGCUGAAGAGUUGGGUUGUGAAGGAAAAGUAGAGGAAGCACAAGGUGUAAUGAAGCUUGCAGAUCAGUUAAAGGAAGAGCGGCACCAGCUAGAAACGCCUACGCAGGAAGAAGUUCCAAUGAUGAAGCAAAUGGAGGUUUGUGAAGUUUGUGGGGCAUUUUUAAUUGUUGGAGAUGCACCACAGCGUCAAGAUGAACAUUUAAUGGGUAAACAACAUGCUGGAUAUGCCCAAGUUAGAGCAGAAGUUGAAAAACGAAAGCAAAGGGCUAGGGCAGAAAUAGAAGCCAGAGAAGCAACAGAGGCAAAGUUAAAACAAGAGAGAGAAGAGAGAGAAAAAGAAAGACAAAGAGAACGUGAAGAAAGGCGACAAAAAGAGAGAGAAAGAGAAAAGGAGCGAGAAAAGGAAAGAGAACGUAGAAAAGCUAGGAGCAGAUCAAGAAGCAGGGACAGACGAAGGUCACGCAGCCGUGAUCGGCGGCGUAGGCGUAGUAUUAGUCGUGAUCGGCGGAGAAGUCAAAGAAGCAGAAGUAGAGAUAGAAGACGAAGAAGUAGAAGCAGUAGCAGAAAUAGACGUUCUUCUAGGCGUUCGUCAAGCCGUGACAGGAAACCAGGGUAUGGGAGAUCAAGAGACCGUCACUCUAGAAGCCGUGAUCGUUCUAGAUCUAGAGACAGAAAGAGAAGCAGGGAUGAAAAGGAUAGCAAAAACAGCUCUGACAAAAAGAGAGAAGAGAAAGAAAGAAAAUCUGAAGAUGUCAACCAAAAGAAAGAGGAUGAUAGCUCAGUUACAAAUGAUUUGGUUUUAGAAAACCACAAGAAUAAUGAGGUGUGUAAAUCUGUUGGUGAUGAUAAGACCAUUUCUGCUGAUAAUACCAUCCCUUCAAAUGCUAUGGAACAAGAUGCAGCUGCAACUGACUCUAAAGAUCGCAACUGUCAAGCUGACAUUGAUUUGCCUGUUGGACCAAAUUCUGAAGCGAUGAUACAAAUAUGGCGAAGUAACUGAUUGUUGAGCCGAUGCCAACCUAAGGAUUGCCAGCAAGGGAACAGCAAUCAAAUGACUUUAGCAUCGUUACUCACUUAUAUUGUUCAGGUACUUCUUUGGAUAAAGCACUGGUUCCAAAUAAAUUUAGAAGUCCAACCACAGAGAAAAUUAUUAGAUUUAUUCUGGUUAUUUUAAAAUGGUAAUUGUUUGAAAUAAAACAUUUUUUUACCUUAUAAUUAAUAACAGUAUUUAAAAUGUUAGUUUUUAUUAUAACCUUUUAAUGAACAUAGUAUGUCUUAUUAAUUUCAAAAAUAUUCUUGUACUUUCAAACUGAAACCUUGGAUUUAUUCAAGUAACUUAUCAUUACAGACAUGUAUAUUUUUUUUUUGGUGUAAAAUAUCCAAAAAAUAUUUGAUUUAUUUGAAUUAACCCAGCAUGUGCAAAAGUGUGGGAAAAUGUUAAUAAAUGUUAUUUACUUGGUAUAAUUUUCUUAAAUGAGCUAGGAUGCUAAUUCCAAAUUUAUUUUCAUAACCUGAAACAUUUGUAUUUUAAUUAGUAUUAGAACAUAGACUAAAUUCAUUUGGGAUUAUAUGCUCAAUCUUAAUAUUUUUAUUUACUUCUAUAAAAAAUAUAAUUAGAAACUCAUUUCAAGUUUUCUUGAAGCUUGUUAAAGUUGUCAAUAAAUUUGUUAAUUUUUUUUUCAAAAA